AUGAGAACACAGCAGUGCAAAUCGGCUUGGUUGAAGGUUGACAUCGCAGGGGUACUGGCGGGAUGUGGUCAAGGACAAGUUUCAAGUUACUUCAGCCCCAGUGCGGAGGUUCCCCCGCCGCCUCCCAUGAAAGUUGUUGUGAGCCGUCGAGUUCGGGACCUUUUGCUUUAUAGCAAUGUUGACGAGGUCAGACCCUUCCUGGAGGAGAACUUAGAAAAUCCUGCGAAACUUGUUGAGUGGCUCGAGGAUUACUAUAAUCGACCGCAAGAUAAAAAAUUGUCGGAUGUAAUGUUCUUGAUUCCUCGUCGACGGUUGGAGGAAGACGAGAGGAGACAGGUUGAGUCGCCGCGCCAGGAGGCUUCGAAGGAGCAGUUGAAUGUACCGAUCGAGACAGAUGGCGGUCAGAGUUGUUCUGAUCAGGGAGUACCUGCAUUGGUCCAUUGGGCUCGGUGUCAUGCGAACAGAGAUGCACUGUCACCGGCGCAGUAUCUGCGGAAUCUCGCAAUUCUGGCGCGCUGGUUUCCGGAGGCUGCAUACAAAUUGGCGAGGAUGUGGUUUGAGCAGGAUGCACCAAUGUUCACAAGUAGUGAGUUCGUUCCCGACCUUUCUGUCGGACGGCAAAGGCUUCGGCAAGUGUCACUGCUGUGGCUUGGUGGGGAUCCUAAUGGAUUCUCAGACCCUUUAUCGGACUCGAUAUCGGAUGCUGUGGGUGGGUACAUCAGCGACAUUGGCGGCUCCCGCCAGCGAGGGAACGCCAUAAGCUGCCUUCACAUCGACGACGUGAAGGAGGGAUACAGUACUACUCUCCAGUCUUUGGACAAAUUGAAGGGCAAGCACCGACGACAACACCUAGAACGACGUUACAAGAGUGCGUACAAGGGAUGCGCUGAACUAUUUCUCGCCACCUACUUCCCAGAGGUUGUUAGGGGGAUGCGACGUCAGCGGAUUCACAUUCCUCCCCGUUUACGUGGACGGCCAUUUGCGUUCCCAGUAGGCCACACUACCAAAGUCUUCCGCCGGGCCAACUACCGGAGUUACGAUCUGCGCGAAUGGGCGUGGAUGGAGGAGCUACUGGUUCGCACUAUGUUGGACAAACUCAUCGCUGUGCGUGCCGCCAGUACUAACGAAACUCCCGAAGUCAUUGCCGCCGCUCUACAAAGACCUGAACCAUUCACCGUUUCGCUCUCCAAGGAGGAGUUGUAUGAAACUUAUAAUCGUGCAACGGACGAAGUAGCAAGCCAAGUGGCUGCCGAACAAGCGAGUGCUUAUGCUAGCAGGGUCGCCUUGGCUUUUAUGACCACCGCGUACAACCACUGCUCUGUUAUGGAUGCCGCUUGA